UUAGAGCUGUAGGGAAUUCCAGCCCUGCGGGGGUCCUGCUCCCACACUGUAUAAAUGGUGAGGUGCUGGUCAGUCGUCCAGCACUGGACUCCUCUCUCCUCUCCUCAGCUGCGUCUCUCUGGGUGAAACCUCUUCUGCUAGAAUGAGGACUCUAUCUGCUCUGCUGACGGUGCUGCUGCUCUGCUCUCUCCAGCAGGUCUGCAGUGGUACUGAAGGUUCCAAUGUCCCAGGAAAAUGCUGUUUUAAGUUUAUAAAAGUACAGAUCCCAAUGAAGUUUAUUAUAUCCUUCAGCAAGACAAACAGCAACUGCCCUAAAGAAGCUAUUAUCUUUCACACAGUGGCUGGUAUGGAAUGGUGUGCGAAUCCUAAAGCCCCUUGGGUUCAGGAAAGCAUAAAGAAGCUGAACUCCUGAAACUGACCACACUGACCACAGGAAGGAUAUUUAAUACAGUAGAACGUGUGUAAAAUUCCAAUAUGUUUCAAACAUUGUAUGAUGUUUAUUUCUGUUUCUUCAAUAAACAUAAUUUCCCCUCCAA